CGCACAUCCGCAGUACUGUUGUGUUUGUAUUAAUGGAUGUUUAAGCGGUUUCUGCACACAUUGCAGGACGGCCUGGCUCACGGGUCCAGCGCCUGUGCCUCCACCGCAGGCUGGACAAUUUGGCGGAGUCUCAACACGGAGCCUCCAGCAGCAUUAGAGGAACAAUGAGCUCGGGACAUCCGAGCGACAACGAAGAGCCGCGCGCUGAUCUCCUGCGGGAGGAAGAGGAGGAGGAGGAAGAGGAGGAGGACAGCGAUGAAGACCGGGGCUCCACGAGACCUGCAUCACCGCAGGCGACCCGCGAGUGUGCCGGGACACAGGGCAGCUCGAGGCCGGAGGUGACCGCGGACGGCGGGACGGGCUCGGCUUCUGGUUCGGGCUGCAGGGGCUCCGGCGCCUGCGACUCCCUGUUCUCCUGGAUCUGCAGGAGGAAGAUCCGCAGGGGGCCGUACGUGGACCCCGCGCGGGACCAUUUCCGUACCAUGACACGACUUUAUUCGUCCAUGAGUCCGGCGGCGGAUUCAGUGAACCUCAGCACACAAACCCACGGGGCUGUCUUUAACCUGGAGUACUCGCCGGACGGGUCAGUUUUGACGGUUGCUUGUGAGCAGACAGAAGUGCUUUUGUUUGACCCCGUUUCCUCCAGACAUAUCAAAACACUGGUGGAGGCUCAUGAGGACUGUGUCAAUAACAUAAGGUUUCUUGACAACCGGCUGUUUGCGACCUGCUCUGAUGACACUACCAUUGCAUUGUGGGAUUUGCGGAAACUCAACUCGAAGGUGUGCUCGUUGCAUGGCCACGCCAGCUGGGUCAAGAACAUCGAGUACGAUACACACACUCGCCUGCUGGUCACGUCAGGGUUUGAUGGAAACGUUAUCACCUGGGAUACCAACAGGUUUACAGAAGAUGGCUGUCCGCACAAGAAGUUUUUCCACACGCGCUAUCUCAUGCGGAUGCGUCUGACUCCAGACUGCAGUAAGAUGUUGAUCUCCACUUCCUCUGGUUACCUGCUCAUCUUACAUGACCUCGACCUCACUCAGAGCCUGGAGGUUGGCAGUUACCGCAUCCUCCGGGCCCGCAGACCGCCGCUCAGCACAGAAGGUUCAUCAGCAGGAUCCAGGUCAGGAGGACCUCGUCACACUAUUGACAACAAAAACCAUCCACACAGAGAGGGUUUAUCCCCCAGAAACAGUCUUGAGGUUUUAACGCCAGAGAUCCCAGGUGAGAGGGAUCGAGGGAACUGCAUCACCUCUUUACAACUGCAUCCUAAAGGCUGGGCCACGCUCUUACGCUGCUCCAGCAACAUGGAUGAUCAGGAGUGGACGUGUGUGUACGAGUUUCAAGAAGGAGCUCCACCUCGACCUCCAGUGUCUCCACGCUGCUCGCUGCGUCUCACACACUACAUCGAGGAGGCAAACGUCGGCCGCGGAUACAUCAAGGAACUGUGCUUCAGUCCUGACGGCCGGCUCAUCUGCUCUCCGUACGGUUACGGUGUGCGUCUGCUGGCGUUCGAUGAGAACUGUGCGGAACUAGUGGACUGUAUGCCCGUUCGGACGGCUCAACUAAGGGAGGUUCGCUCCAUCUACUCUCACAGCGAUGUGGUGCUCACCUCCAAAUUCUCCCCCACUCACUGUCAGUUCGCUUCAGGCUGCCUCAGCGGACGCGUAGCUCUGUAUCAGCCACACUUUUAACACUUGCAGAUCAAUUUAAACUUGAAAAUCCACACUGAUGUCCUGCGAAUGGAAGAAGCUCAAUCUGGAGAACAGGAGAGCCAAACUACCUUAAAGGAACAGAGUGUUUAUUUUUGUUUAUUUGUGUGUGUGUGUGUGUGUGUGUGUGUGUGUGUGUGGUAAGUAUGUGUGUGAGAAUGACCUUGUACAUGUUUGUCAGUUUUAGAUGUGUGUCCUCGACACUGUUUGAGGAGGGAAAGAGGAAGCAUUCAGAUUUUUCAGGGGUUGAAUGAGUCACUCUGUUCAUUCAGCACUGCAGUGAACGCUUCAGCCCAUCAUUUUCAUGAAAUCGCAAGCAGUCGAUGGCAGUUUUUUUGCAGUUUGCCAAACAUUUUAGAUCUCGCGAUGCCAUAUUCAUAUUCAGAAGCUUCAUUUUUGGAAGUUUGUCACUUUUAUGGAUUGUUUGUUUUUAUGUUUGGACUGUUUGUCUUUAACAACACUAACUGAAGUCUGCUUUGUUUUGUCAAAGCAGUGUGUGUGUGUGUGUGUGUGUAUCUGUGUCACUGUGUGCGUGAGAGAGACCGUAUUGAAGGCGAUAUGAUGAUAAUUGACUCCUGAAUGGACUGGGAGUUUUAAAAUGUUCAGUUUUUGUCAUACACUGUAAACAAAUGUCCUCAA